AUGCUGUCUGAACAGGGUAGAACUUCUUCAAUCUAUCUAUCUAUCUAUCUAUCUAUCUAUCUAUCUAUCUAUCUAUCUAUCUUUUCAUUUAAGCAAGGCAAUAAAGCCAUUAAGACGCAAUUCUCCGGGAAGCAAAUGUCCACAACGCAAGUGUCUGUUACUCAGUUGUCUGGGAAGCAAAGGUCCAGAGCGCAACUGUCUGGUACGCAGUUUUUCGGGAAGCAAAUAUUCACUACGCAACUGUCUGGCACGCAGUUGUGCGGGAAGCAAUUAUCCUGGGUGAAAUUCUCUAGUACGCAGUUGUGCGGGAAGCAAAUGUCCAGAGCGCAAUUCUCUGGUACGCAGUUGUCCGGGAAGCAAAUGUCCACUACACAAAUGUCUGGUACUCAGUUGACUGGAAAGCUAAUGCCCACUACGCAACUGACUGGUACUCAGUUGUCCGGGAAGCAAAUGUCCACUACACAACUGUCUGUUACUCAGUUGUCUGGGAAGCAAAUAUCCACUACGCAACUGACUGGUACUCAGUUGUCCGAGAAGCAAGUGUCCAGAGCGCAAUUCUCUGGUACAUAG